UUGCCGCGGCAAAUACUAUUCGUAUUGUGUUGCGGUUGAUUUUGCUUGAUUUCGGUACGUUCGCUCGCUCGCUCAGCAAUCAGUCGUGCUGAGUUUUCGUGAGUUGUUGCUAUUUUAUUGUACAGUGUAUAUAUACAGAUAUUGUAGUAUAUUUUCGACUCGAGUUGCCUGCCGUUCACGCUAAACUUGAUUUUUAAGCUGAGCUGAGCUUGCAAAAAAAAAAAACAAAACAAAACAAAACCAUAGUGUGUUUACUGGCGAAUUCCACAUAGAAGAAAAGGAACGAGCGCAAAAGUAAAAAAACAAGUCUGUCUUUAACCAGGCAUAAUGAUUAUGAGCUGUGAAAUUGUGUAGUGAAAAAGCGCAAAGCAACCAACAACCAAACAAAAAAGUUUCAAAUUAACAAUAUUUAUGAAUUGUUUGAAUUGACGGCGCCUGGUAUUUUUUGCCAGCAACUAAGAAGUGUGUGUAUUUGAGUUGAAAUCAUUCAACUUGUUGCUGUUGUAAUCGAGUUUUAUUUAUUUAUAUUGUCCUGGAUUAAAUAUACUUAAAUACAUAACUCGAUUUGGUGCAAGGAACUCGUUUUGAACCGAAAUCGUUAAAACCGAAAUCGAAGUGUCAAUAUUAUGACUUUAUAUUCGAAAGGAUACCACUACAUUUUAGUGUUUUGUUGUGUUUGGCGAAAUCCGUAAAUCUUUAUUGGAAGCAAAUUUUUUAUCUUUAACAACAACAUAAUUACCCAUUUGUAUUAGUCGCCAAAAUGUUGGAUACAAGCUACAUACAGGACUAUGAUGUCCCACGACCACAAGCCAUAAAAAUUCAUAAGAAACUUUAUGCAAAAGCGAUCUAUGAUAACUUUGCUGACUCGCCGGAUGAGUUGGCCUUCAAAAAAGGCGAUGUCCUCACAGUCAUAGAGCAGGACACAGAUGGCUUGGAGGGCUGGUGGCUAUGUUCGUUGCGCGGACGCGAGGGUCUGUGUCCGGGCAAUCGGCUGCGCAUAUUGAACUCCUACGAUUCGGGUUGCUUCUCUCUAUCACCACCACCCUCACCCUGUCCCUCGCUGGCACCCAGCCUGAUCACCUUGAACAGCAACUCCACUGCUUGCUAUGACCAUUUGUCCAUCAACAGCAGCGCUGGCACCAUUAGCAGCAGCAGCAGCAGUAGCCAUCACGGCGGCAAUGUGGCCGCCGCCGCCCACAGUGGUGUCGGACUACGCGACAGCCAACAGACACACCUCCUGACACAACAACAGCGACAGGGCACACGACGCUCCUGGCAUGUGUCGCCGAAUAAGGUAAGAAAUGUACACAAGUUUUUAUUUACAAACAAUGUAUUUGUAUAGGGGAUUGCAUGUGUGAAUAUUAGAGCUGACUUUUAAGGCUUGGUCGAUGAGUUGGAAUGGUUUUAUUGUUUUUCAAAGUAUUUCCAAAAAUUAUGAAUACGGGUUUGCAUUCGUCCGAACCAAUUUUCGAAAAAGUUUGCCACUUUGAGGUUUGUAUCACCGAUACCGGGGGCCCCAUUGUACUUUUCGAGCACAGAAAAACGUUUGCCGCUCAUUUUUGAAGUGCAACUUCUUAAUUGAGUUUAACAGGUCUAGUCUGAACC